AUGCUGCCGAACCAACCAGUGCUGCCGAACCAACCAGUGCUGCCAAACCAAUCAAUGCUGCCGAACCACAGCAUGCUGCCGGACCAGAGCAUGCUGCCGAACCAGGGCAUGGUGGUCGGGGGCAUGCUGCCGCAGCAGGCUGUGCUGGUGAACCAAGCCAUGCUGCAAAGCCGUGGCAUGAUGGCACAACAGGGCUUGAUGGGGCAGCAUGGCAUGAUGGUGCUGCCACAAAGCAUGCUACCAAGUCAGGCAAUGGUGCUGCCCCAAGGUAUGGGGAUGCAAGACCAAGUCAUGCUGCCAGGGAUGCUCCCCCCUUACCCCUCGUCCCUCGCUUCUGCUGCUUCCGCGGGUGGUCGUGCUGCUGCAGCUGCUGCCGAUCCUGAUGCCACCAACCCGGCCGCGCACGUUGUCCCCGGCUCCCUCCCCUCGUGGUGGAAGGGAAGUCUACCAGUGGUGCCACCCACUGUGCACUCACACAGCGCUGCAAGAGGCAAGGUGGGGCGACGGGCGGGUGCUGGUGGUGCUGCAGGUGCGGGUACAGCACCAGGUGGCGUGACAGAGCAUGCAGGCAUGCAGAAGGCAGCAGCUUGUGCUGUGGCAGCUGGUCCAAAGGAUGAUUCGUUGAAGAAGAUUGGGAAAAGCAUGGAGGAGCAGGAUGAGAAGGAUGAGAAGGUUGAGAAGGCACGCACGCCUGCAGUAGAAGGUGGAGGUGUGGCAGGUCGUGGUGUAGCUUCGGAGAGCAGAGCAGGGGCGGUGGAGCAUGCGAGCAUGGAGGAGCAUCGUGACGAGGACAUGUACACAGUGCUAGGGCAUGCAGGAGACGAGGGGCAGGGAGGGGUUGAUGCUGUGAGGGCAGCUGAGGCAGCGUGGCAAGGAGGUGACGAGACGAUGAUGCAGAGUGCAUGUGCGAACUUCGCGACAACAUUUUCCCGGGGACCCCAUGUGUUCAUCCGUAACACGAAGAUCGGCAUUGGCUCAAGACGUGUCGAUUUGCGAAACGCGAGCAUGCUGAAUGUGCGACGAGCGGCAUUUCCACUGCACGCUUCUCUUGACAUUGUCGGAGCAAUAUUCUUCGUCUUGCGGUCAACGAUCACGUGGUUCAAGGCAACUCUCGUCUUCAUGACUGCCCGCGGGUGGCAAGGACUGUCGGCGAAUGCUUCUCAAGGGACGCGGGGCGAGGAGGCAGCAGGAAAGGCGAAGGCAGCAGGAGAGGCGAAGGCAGCAGGAGAGGCGAAGGCAGCAGGAGAGGCGAAGGCAGCAGGAGGGGAGAAGGCAGCAGGAGAGACGAAGGCAGCAGGAGAGGCGAAGGCAGCAGGAGAGGCGAAGGCAGCAGGAGAGGCGAAGGCAGCAGGAGGGGCGAAGGCAGCAGGAGAGACGAAGGCAGCAGGAGAGGCGAAGGCAGCAGGAGAGGCGAAGGCAGCAGGAGAGGCGAAGGCAGCAGCGGAGGCAGCAGCGGGUCGUCAUGGGCUCUCCAACAACCAUCAAGCGAAAAAGGAGAUGACACACCCAAGUUCCCCCCGCUUUCUCUAA